AUUUACACUCACUUUCUUCUCCACUUUGCCUUCUUCUUCUACCCACCUACUCAAAAUCUGCAAAAAUAAAAGCUUUUGUUGCACUGCUUCACAGCCGACGACAGUCCAAAAGAAGCACGAACUCUUUUUCUCGCACUUGAUUUAACAAAAGUAAAAGGUUUGCUUGGCUGUCUUAGGCUGUUUCGUAAUUUUAGCCAAUUGCAGAUUUAUUUCUCUCUUCUAACCUAACUCCUAAUUCAUCAAUUAAAUAAAUUAACGUAAACGGCACACAUUUAGAGAGAGAGAAACAAGAUAAAUAAAUAAAAUGCAUCAUUUCAUUAAGCAAAGGUCUUUAAACCUCGUUAAACCUCAGCAGAUAUAAGAAAAAUGUGUGGGUGGAUGUCUUUGUAUACAUUACACAAAAAACAAGUGACUUUAACCUGAAUGUGUGCCGACCUCGUCUGUCUUGCAAUAUUUUUUACAAAAAAUUGAUUUGUGUGUGCCAUAAAAAUUAUAGAAUUACUUAGUUGCUGCAUUUAAUAUUCUAUAUAGGAUUAAUUGUGUUGCUUGAUACGAUUUCAAAUAAUUUGACAAGAAUUUAAAGAUGACUUCAAAAUAAACUGACAUUCCACAUUUUCUUCAGUGGUGAUAAGCUAAAGUUUGUAUGCCAUUCACACUUAUCCAUUCAGUAACGAAUUUCUGUACUUCAGAGGAGAUGCUGACUUGGAAUGAAAGUAGGAACAGAAAAAGUGACAAGCAGGCUGACUGAUUAGUAGUUAACAGUCUUAUCAUGUGUAUAAAUUAUUAGUAAUCCGUACCAAAAUGUGAGAGUUCAGAUCAGAAUACGAAUAAUAUUUCACACAUACUAUUCAACUCGUAGCAUUCAAUUUAUCAGGCAGUAUUAACUUUCUUGACACUUUGGAGAAGUCUUAUUGUAUUGUGACUAAACAAAAGCGUACGCAACUCUCGGACGGUGGAUACCAUUGAUUAUUGUUGUUAUUAAUUAUGCAUUAAAGAUUAUUGAGGAUUUGUAUUAUGUUCCCCAAAUGUCAUUAUAAAAAUGUGAUAUUGAUAAAGAUGUAAGCAUAGUAUAGUUUCAUCCUACAUAUUUGUAUUGUUCUGCAUAACAAACCGUGAGAAAAUUAAAUUUGCAUGAGAAACUUUUGACAUUAUUAUUCUGUAGGCAACUUAGAUUAUUGUGCCAACUAGACCAUAAGGGAAGUAAUAGACUUUACUAAAUACAACGUUUUUAUAGGUGAACUAUAGGAGGAGCAGUGCAAUUGUUUGAUAAUAUUGACUGUUGUACACAAAAAUUAUUAUAAUAGUAUAUAGUUAACUAUACUACUUAAUCUUAUUAUAACUAAAAAAUGUAACGGGAAAACAAUUUUUCUGCUCAAAUUGAACUUAUACUUUGUGAUCGGUAAUUCUGAAAAUGCAUUUUUCCAUACCGGACAGUGUGGAAGUGCGGGGAGGCGAUACCUCAUACUUGAUUUACAACCUGUACGUCAAUGGCAACUUUCACUGCUCACUCCGCUACCGUCAAUUUCUUGGUCUUCACGAGCAGUUGCGGAAGGAGGUGGGGACCGGAAAUCUGCCUGCUUUUCCCCCAAAGAAGUUCCUCUCUCUCACUUCCGGUCAGCUAGAGGAGCGGAGAUGCAGGAUAGAGAAAUAUAUUCAGACUGCUAGUCAAAACCAGGACGUUGCCAAAUCGGAAUUAUUUACGGGCUUCCUACGAUUGGCACAACAUGAAACCAGCGCCGAACCAGUUUCUAAAAGGUCACUGGAUGUGUAUCUUCCAAACGGGCAUCAAAUGAUGAAUGUCGAUGUGUGGAACAAUGCAUCAACUUCCGUCUUAUUAAAGAUUGUGGCUGAAGAAUUGAAGCUGCGAGAAGAUUUUACAGAAUACUUUGGAUUAUACAUUAAUCGGAAAGAACCAGAUGGAACAUGGAUAGUUGUUAGAAAGUUGGAGGAAUAUGAAUCACCUUGUAUAUCAAUUAAAUGGUUGAACAGGUUGAACGAGGACCAUCGAAUCGUUCUUCGGAAAUGUUCAUGGGACCUGAGUGUUGAUAACAUGAUAGUCGAAGAUGCAGUUGGGCUUUUUCUCAUUUAUGUACAAACUGUGGCAGAUAUAGAGAAUGGGUGGAUCAUGGUUCCGAGAGAGAUUUUAAAGCAGCUCACUUCCUUCCAGUCCAAAGGGAAUAAAAAAGAUUAUGUAAUGACUGCAAGAAGACUGAGAUUUUAUGGAUAUUUCAAAUUUCCGUACUGUCAUAUUGAAAGUCCGCUCAUGAACGAAAUUACAGUUUACGUUGGAAAUAAGGAAUUAGUUGUGGUUACACCACGAAGAGAAGAGAUCGUGUAUAAAAUAUCCCGUAUGAAAUGCUGGCGAAUCACUUUACAUCAUGAAAUUGGUGGGGGAAUGAAGGCAGAGAUGUCUUUCGAAUAUUUGUUAUCGAAAGAUAAAUUAGAAUGGGUCACCAUUGCUUCCGAAUUAUCCGUAAUUAUGGCUCUAUGUCUCAAGGAAAUGGUAGCAGAUUUUGUUGCUCAUGACCUGGCUAAGCAGCACCCACAAAACCCAUCCCAUAUCGGGGUUCAAUCUGUGAGAUCAAUGCUGUACUUCAUUCGUCGGGAUGGUGAGACUGUUCCACUAAACGAGGAUAUCAUACUCGGAAAACCAUUUAGUAAUGGAAAUAGAUCAACUGCCAGCGGAUCUUCAAAUUCCAGUCCCACAAUUUCUACCAACGGUCGCGCGUCGUCUUCUAAUCCCAGCACCCCAACCACCUCCCUUUCCAGAAAUGGAUCUUCCGAUUUCCAACCCAGUAUGGGGGUCACCAAACGCCGUCCUUCCUCGAGCAGUAUUCGACAUCAUCAAAAUUCAAUUAUUAAUUCCAAUGACAAUCUGUUUCUAGAGAAUAGUGCAUUCGCUGGCAUAGGGGACGACGAUCUCUGAAUUUUAAAACUAUCUUACUGUAUUAAUGCUUAUCAUCUCAUCUUAAUUUAUAUACAACAUAUAUUACUGCUGCCCAACCCACAUCGCAAAUCGAUCACACACACACACACAAAUGAAAAUACAUUUUUUAAUACACGGUUCAUUUAGCAAGCAUUUAACUGAAUAAUUCAAACUCAUUGAAAUCGAUCGGAUUUCUUCCCGAGUAAUUUUCUCAUAAAAUAAGAAAGGUUGAUCAAUUACCCAGCAGGUUCUAAUAAUUAAAGCUUUCAAGUGGAAGCACUGUAACUUUUUAAUUUGCGUGCAGCACAAUACAAUGCAGUAUCACUUUGAGAACUAUCACUUAGUAGCCACGUGCGUAUACAUACAGAGGAACCUAAAUAUUUUAGAUUGAUGUUUAUGUACUUUUGACAGGAAUUUCAAUUGGAUAUUGUAUUUCCUUUUGCAACCCUUAAUGUGUUAGGUAUGUUCAUGAAAUUGUAUGUAAAAAUGAAGUUGGGACACAGGAAGUGAAAGCAGUAUUGAAUUACGUGCACUUUUCAAGAAAUAUCCAAAAAUUGUAAUUGUAAUUGGUUGAUUUUAUCUUAAAGACUUGUUAUUUUCGUCUUAAUGUAUAAACAUACGAGUUGAAAUGAUUUUUGUUUUCGCAACUACAAAUAACUUGAAGGUAUAUAGACUUUUGAUAUAUGGUGGUGGAGAAUCCAUUUGGAGCUCAAUAGAAAAAGAGUAUGUAUGUAGAUUUCGCAAUACUUUCUCAAUAUUCGCAUUCUCAUUAUUGUUUAUUUAUUACAAAGUCAUAUUCAACAUCGACAUUUCUCUUUAAAUUAAAUAUUCCAAAAUAAGUCGAUCCACUACUAUAUAAAUAUGCCCAACAUUUCGGUAAUCAAAUUUGGGCUCACAAUCAUUCGACCCAUUUAAAUAUAUAGUGACGCAUAUAGCCAAAAAAUAUACAAAAGAUAAUCUAACGAUACAUAUAUAUAUCCUGCGCAAAAUUUGCGAUAAAGUCUCAUUUUAUGGCAUCACACUACGUACUCUAACAACUACAUACGAAGAAUAACUUUUUACCGCACAAAAACAAUGACCUCUACAUAUAUAUGUAUAACUUAUACAGUAUGCAACAUGUAAAUGUGAUGCACUACUGUUGGAUGUGUUUUUUGUUACAUAAAUCUUUACCUGUUUAAAUAAAUGAUUCCUGUUAAUAA